UCCUCCGCACAAUCUUUCACAUUGUAAAGCGAGACAGAGACACAGCGAGCAUUUGCAGCCGACAGAAAGAAACAAUCUCGGUAGAAAACACAAAAGCAUAUGUUGCAGGUCUUUGCGAUAACAUCGGUUUGCUAAAUUGUCUGAUAAGAAACACCAAAACCAAAAAAAAAAAAAAAAAGAGAAAGUUGUGAUCUGUUUUGUAAAGAAGAGAUCCAAAAUGGGUGUUGUAACUGUUCCUGAGUCUAAGCAAAGUGUUUCUACCAAAAGAGCAUUUCGUCCCAGUUCCAGCAUCAGACACACUCCUCAAUGGCCGGGCUCGGACGUUACUAGUGACUUAACCAUAGAAGUGGGCUCUGCAAGCUUUUCACUUCACAAGUUUCCUCUCGUCUCUCGGAGUGGAAGAAUCAGGAAACUUCUUCUUGAAUCCAAAGACACAAAGCACCUGAACCUACCGGGUGUCCCCGGCGGCUCAGAAGCCUUUGAACUCGCCGCGAAAUUCUGCUACGGCGUCGUUCUACAGUUCACGUCAUCCAACAUAGCCUCCUUACGUUGCGUGGCUCAUUACCUAGAAAUGACAGAGGAGCUAUCAGAGAAGAAUCUCGAGGCGAGAACAGAGGCUUACUUAAAAGACUCCAUCUUCAACGACAUCUCCAACUCCAUCACCGUUCUCCACUCCAUAGAGAAGCUAUCAUCACCCGUAGCUGAAGAGAUUAGCCUCGUGGGAAGGCUCGUGAACGCGAUCGCUGUAAACGCGUGUAAAGAACAGCUCGUCUCUGGUUUGCUCAAGCUUGACCAGAAGUUCGAGAGGUUAGCUGUGACUCCGGAGAAACCUUCUGAUUGGUGGGGAAGGUCUCUGCUUAUCCUUAAACUUGAUUUCUUCCAGAGAGUUGUCUCUGCUAUGAAGUCCAAAGGUCUUGAUCAUGAGAUCAUCAGCGAUAUAUUAAUAAGCUACGCUCGUAAGUCGUUACAGAUCAUUAGAGAACCGAGUCUUGUUAAAGGAAGUAUAGUUCUUGAUUCCGAUCUUCAGAAGAAACAAAGAGUCAUCCUCGAAGUGAUCGUUGGUUUGCUUCCGACACAAGCCAACAAAAGCUCGAUACCUGUCUCGUUUUUAUCCACUUUGUUGAAGACAGCUAUAGGUUCAGGAACCUCUGUUUCUUGUAGGUCGGAUCUUGAGAGAAGGAUCAGUCACAAUCUUGAUCAAGCGAUUCUUGAAGAUAUCUUGAUUCCUGCGCAUGUAGGAGGUGGGGCUAUGUAUGAUACUGACUCUGUGCAGAGGAUUUUCUCUAUGUUCUUGAAUCUUGAUGAGUGUGAAUACGAAGAUGAGGAUGAUGAUGAGGGAGAUGUGGUGGAGGAGAGUGAGAUGGCUAUGUAUGAUUUUGAAGGGAAUGAGUCUCCGAAACAGAGCUCUAUGUUUAAGGUGUCGAAGCUGAUGGAUAGUUAUCUAGCUGAGGUGGCUCUUGACUCGAACCUUCCUCCUUUGAAGUUCGUAGCUCUCGCUGAGCUUCUCCCUGACCAUGCCCGUGUUGUCUGUGAUGGUCUUUACCGAGCCAUUGAUAUCUUCCUCAAGGUUCAUCCAAACAUGAAAGAUACAGAGCGAUACCGUCUAUGCAAGACAAUCAGCUGUCAGAAACUGUCACAAGACGCAAGCAGCCACGCGGCACAGAACGAGAGACUUCCUAUCCAAAUAGCUGUUCAAGUCUUGUUCUACGAACAGACGCGGCUCAAGAACUCGAUGACCAGUGGUGGUGGUGGUGGUGGUAGUGCAUGUGGUUCGAGUCAGAGCCAGUUCUUCUUGUUCCCUGGACAGUUCCCGAACCGUUCAGGAAGCGGGAUGGCAAGCGGGGCGAUUUCGCCUCGGGACAACUACGCAUCGGUGAGAAGAGAGAACAGAGAGCUUAGGCUUGAGGUGGCGAGGAUGAGGAUGAGGCUGACUGAUCUUGAGAAGGAUCAUGUUUCUAUGAAGAGAGAGUUCGUGAAGCCGAGCAGGAGAACUCGUUAUGGGCUGUUUAGGAAGCUCUCUAGAGGUCUUAACAGGUUGAACUCAAUCGUGUUGAGAUUUAGAAGAAGCCAAAGUGUUGUUGGUAAUGGUAAGCAUAACGAGGAGAAGACAAACUCGGAGAAACGAUUCAUGUUUCAGAAGAGAAGGUGUCACUCUGUUUCUUGA